AUGCAAAGAACUCAUUUUGGUCCUCGAAACCUGAAAGCCUGCCAACGUUGUUUCAAACGAAAGAUCAAGUGUGUCAAGAAUGAUACCGACAAGAAGUGUACAUAUUGCACAAAGAAAGGUUAUCAUUGUGAAAAAAGAAAACUGAUUGAUAUCUACUAUACAAAGUCUACUCAUGUGCCCGCGUUUCAGAGGAAUUUCAAAGCGUUCGAAGCUUUAUCAAACUCGGUCCAGUUCUUUGAAUUUGUGUGUCAAGGGCUUGAGGCAACUUUUUCCAUUGAUGCAGGAAAAAUUGAAAUUCCAGAGCUCAACAUUAACGAGUCAUUUCUUGAUUAUUCGUUUUUGAAAAGGCCUCAGUCAAUGGGGGCUCUCUUUGCUUUGGAUUUUCCAGAUGAGGCAACCGGGUUUGCCUUGUUCGAGCAGGCAAAAACUGUGAUUUCCUACGAUACUCAGGUCAUGCUUCAUAAGUCAACAGCUGAUUUUCUUAAGAAAGUUUAUGAGCCAUCUCAUAUUGUCAACGUGAGUGAUGACGAAACUAGGCUUGAACUACUGAGAAUAUUUGGAAUCUUUGCAAUCGGAAGACUACACACUACGGGUGAGGUUGUCCCAGAGGAAUAUCCUGGCCUGGGUUAUUUCAAAAUUGCUCUACAUCUUAUGACUGACAUUUACGAUAACCCGUCAAUUUCUUACAUUGAAUGCAUUAUCAUUCUUACUUUGUAUUUAGUUGGUCUGAACAAGCUGAACUAUGCCUACAUGUACUCUGGAAUGUCAUUGAGGCUCUCUAUUUUAAUCAAACUGGACGAUCCACGAACAUAUUUGCGACGUGACAUUUCAGAGCUUCAAAAGGAGAGAAUGAGACGACUGUGGUGUACUGUGAGAAGUAUGGAUUUUUACAUGAGUGGUUGUUUAGGGUGUCAGCCUCAAACCAAAUUUGAUCAAGUUUUCGAAUAUCCCUCAGAUCAAACAUAUGGUGACGAACUUCCAACAGGUCUAUUUAUCAGGGAGCGAGCGCGUCUGGGAGAACUUAAAUAUCGUAUAUUAUCAGUGAUACUAGAAACUGGGGAUCCCAAAAUUCAGGAUGUACUAGAUCAGUUCCACGAACGCUCACAAGCUAUCGCAUAUGCAUUCAGUGAGCUCUCACAUCAAUUUGAGCAAACAAUUUUCCGCAGGUUGGCCUUUGCCCUGGUGUUUAGGCUCAAUGAGUGCAUCAUUUUGGCAACUUUACCAGGAUUUCUUCAAGAGCUGAGGCCAGAGUCUCUUCAAUUAUUAAAGCUUAGCGACAGUUCGAACAUCUCUACGACAUGCAUAAUUGCUGCUAUAUCCAAUCUGAGAACCUAUGAGUUUCUGUUUAAGAAAGCUAAUAUUUCGCUAUUCGGCUUUAUUGACACGAACUUCUUGUUUCUUUCUUCAAUUAUUCUUUUACUCGCACGUUAUUUGUGGUCCCGUAAACCGCAAAACAUAGACAUUGAGGAAGCUUGGGAUGAUUGUAUGACCCUUUUUGGUGAGUUGACUAAGACCGGAAAUGUGACUGCGAACGAAUAUCUUAACAAGAUUAUGCACCUGCGAAACCUUCUUUCCAUUUUGGAGAAACAUAUCAAACCUAUGGAGUCUCUUUCUGAGGGGAUAGAUCAAGAAGAACAUGUAACAAGUUCACCCUUAGAUACUUCACGCUUUUUUCACUUUGAGAUAGUUCAAAGUCUAGCUAGAGAAUAG